ACCCAGGGAUCCCAUUCGACGAGGUACUAGAAGCCUAUCCCGAAAAUUCCAAAUUAAUUCAGGAGUUAAAGACUCAAUCCUUCACAUUACCUAUUCCUUGGAAUAAUGCACUUAAAUUUCUAAAUAAAAGCAUAACAGUGGAGGCAUGA